CCCGCCCCGCUGGGAGGGGGGGGUGCCGAGGCGCGAACUUCCGCCGCCGGCGCCGCCUCCUGCCGCGGUGGUCUGGCGCCCGCGGCUAGGGGACCGAACCGUCGUGGGCUCUCGGACGCGGGCUCCGGAGUCCAUCCCUAGCGCUCAGCCGCAGGAGCGGAGGUCGGAGAGCACCUGCGGAGCGGGCGCCUGCGCGUGGGGAGGAGGAAGGGCAUGGGCAGAGCCUGAGUCACCCGCGCUCCAGCCUGUACACGUAAGUGGGCGUGGGGGUGCCCGGGGCUCCAGCAUGGCCCAGUGCUCUGCAGACCUGGGCCUGGAGGGGGACCAGAGGGAGGCGACUUCUCGCGCCCUGCUCUGGAGGGCUCGCUGUUCACCGGAGGCGGGGGUGAGGGCAAGGGGAGAGACAGGCUCAUCACAGACCAGAGGUGGCUUGCUGUGGGAAGGAGGCUGGAGUUGGUCAUUACUGGCCUCCUGCAGGAGUGUUUCCUACAACAGUGCUUAGAAUGAGGGAAGAGCCUGGGCGUGGGGCAAAAGAAAAAAGUGGCCUGUUUUUUUUUUUUUAAGUUUUUAAAAAUGUUUGUUUAUUUUUGAGAGAGAGAGAGAGAGAGAACGAACGAACACAAGGCGGGGGGAGGGGCAGAGAGAGAGGGAAACACAGAACGGGAAGCAGGCUCCAGGCUCUGGGCUGUCAGUACAGAGCCGGAUGUGGGGCUCAAACCCACCAGUGCGAGAUCAUGACCUGAGCCGAAGUCCCACGCUCAACUGACUGAGCCACCCAGGUGCUCCAGUGGCCUGUUUGGAGGUUUGUGGGGGACGCAAGAGGGGGAAGUGGCGGAAGAAGGGGGAGCUGGACCAGAACUGGGAGUAUGAAUGGAAGGGCGUGAAUAGAGGGCAGAAAUGAGCGGGAGAACCCCCCUCCUCCUGAGUGUAGAAGCAAAUUCAGUAGCCCUCGGAAGGACCUGGAGCUCCUGGGUCAGGGUGAAUUGAGCAGUUACUUUGUAAGUACUUUCUGAGUACUGAGUUUCCAGUUUCGAGUAUGAUCCGGUCCCUGCCCUCCAGGAAAGGUCUAGUGGGAGAGACAAGACUGUAUAACAUCUCGUGAAGAGAUGCCUGCUAGGACAGGUAGACCCGGGCUGAUAGCCGAGUGAGAGGCAGAACCAGCUUGAUCUCUGAGCUGUCCACAGACUGCCUCGUGUUCACUGCUGAGCACUGCUGUAUUAUGGGGAUUGGGACAAAUACACUUAGAAGAGAGCUGCCAGAUAAGAUGUCAUGUCCAGCUGGCGUGUUAUGGGGACUGGGGACCCUUAACCCGUGGUUGGGUUAAGGGGUGAUGAAAGAGUCGCUUCCAGGUAUCAGAAAGGCACAUUAGUGGAAAAGGGGUGAGACUUACUCUGUGUGGCUCCUGACAUCCAGACUAUGACCGGUGGUUAGGGGCACCUGGCUGGCUCAGUCAGUAGAGCACAUGACUCUUGAUCUCAGGGUUGUGAGUUUGAGGCCCGGGUUGGGUGUAAAGAUUACUUAAAACCAAAACAAAAAACACUGUGGCCAGUGGUUUGAAGCAGUAAGGGGCAGAUCCUUUCUGUAGAAGGAACAACUGGGUAGAGCUGUCUGAAGAUGGAAUGGUCUGCUGUGAGGGGUGGCCGAGCUCCCUGUCAGGAGAGGUGUGUUAAGCCGAACCCGCAGGAGGGAACUUGACACUUCCUUCUCCUUCAGGGCUCCUGUUCAGUUACUUCCCAAGGUCUGGUUCUCAAGUCUGUUCUUCCCUUUCCAGUCUGUCCCCCGGUGCUGUAUUGUAGCGUGUGUCCUCUCUCAGCGGAAAUGAUAUUAUAACGAGUUAUAGUGGCUAACACUUACUGUUUACUCCUUGGCAGGUACUGCUUUAAGUGCUUUACAGAUGCUAACUCAUCCAGUCCCUGAGACAGUCCUUGCGAGGUAGCUUUUAUUAAUAGCCCCUUUAUAUAGAUUUGGGAAACUGAGGCACAGUGGGGUUAAGCAGCUUGCCCGAGAUCACGUGGUGAGUAGAGCAGGUGGCACGGCUGGGGUUCCAACCUGGGCUGUCUGGCAUUGGUUUUUUUUUUUUUUCAACGUUUAUUUAUUUUUGGGACAGAGAGAGAUAGAGCAUGAACGGGGGAGGGUCAGAGAGAGAGGGAGACACAGAAUCGGAAACAGGCUCCAGGCUCUGAGCCAUCAGCCCAGAGCCUGACGCGGGGCUCGAACUCACGGACCGCGAGAUCGUGACCUGGCUGAAGUCGGACACUUAACCCACUGCGCCACCCAGGCGCCCCAUGUCUGGCAUUGUUCUUAACCACUAUUCUACUGCGUUUUACGUAUACAAUUUUAUUUGAUCCUCACAAGAAUCCAAAUUGACGGAUAAAACACCCUCAGAGAGGUUGAGUGAUUUGCGUAAGACCACAGAGCAAGGUAGAGGAGAGCUGGGGUCCAAACCAGGACUGUUGGACGUGAAAACUCCCACACUUUGCACUUCACUCCCCCACAUCCUAUUGUGCUGCCCUUGUAACCGUCCCUACUGUUGUGGCCUCUAACUGGACUUCUUGCCCAGCCUUUCUGCUUUAAAUCUGAGAGUUUCUACUUCAGAGUCUGUGGAUGGCUCUGGAACUAGGUGAGAUUUGGGGUGUGUGUGUGUGUGUGUGUGUGUGUGUGUGUGAGUCAGGUGUUAAAGCCCAGUCUUCAUAGUUUUUACUGCUUUCUCAGAGCAGUUUCUGACCACAAAAUAGUUCAGAGCCAUCCUUUGGUUUUUAUCCAGAGUUAAGUUCCUAAAUUUUUUUUUUUUUUUACAUUUUAUUUAUUUUUGAGAGAGAGAGAGAGACAGAGAGCACAAGUGGGGGAGAGGCACAGAGAGAGGGAGACACAGAAUCCGAAGCCGGCUCCAGGCUCCGAGCUGUUCAGCACAGAGCCCGACGCGGGGCUCGAACUCACAAACCGUGAGAUCAUGACCUGAGCCGGAGUCGGACACUUAACUGACUGAACCACCCAGGGGCCCCAGAGUUAACUUCCUGAUGCACAGAUUUGACCUUGGCACAGUGAUGCAUCGACUCUUCACUGCCCUCAGCACCAUCCAGAUGCCUUAACCUGGUCGUUCAAGGUCCCAGGCAGUCAGACUUCAAUCUCUCUCUUCUUUUUACUCCCACCUUGUACUCUUGCCACUCAGGUAACAUUUACCUGCCUUUCUCUCCCGCAUUCCUGUGGCCUCUCAAGGGCAGGGUCUGUGCUUGCCUUUGAACGGCCAGUGCCUGACACCUGUCGCACAGUGAACAUUUGCCGUAAACUGCGCUGAACGCUGUACCGAAGUCAAGCCUUGGCUGGUUGUUUGGACUGUGACUUUGAGGCUCCCUCCCUUUCUGAUCCCAAGAGUCUUUUUGAUGGUAUGUAUCUUUGAAAUGCAGAGGAGGGCCACGUAGGCGGAGGCUGGCUGGGCCAGAAGGGACGUGACAGGUGACAUGCAGGUCAUCGAGAAGGUGUCCGCUUUCUGACCUGGCUGCUCUUGCAGGGUGGCCCCUGGCUGGGGUGAAGCUCCCCCGUCUUUAUUCUUGUCCCCCAGCGCGGUGUGGGCUGCCGGCUGCAGGAUGAACUGUCGCUCGGAGGUGCUGGAGGUGUCGGUGGAAGGGCGGCAGGUGGAGGAGGCCAUGCUGGCCGUGCUGCACACCGUGCUCCUGCACCGCAGCACGGGCAAGUUCCACUACAAGAAGGAGGGCACCUACUCCAUCGGCACCGUGGGCACCCAGGAUGUGGACUGUGACUUCAUCGACUUCACCUACGUGCGCGUCUCCUCUGAGGAGCUGGACCGUGCCCUGCGCAAGGUUGUCGGGGAAUUCAAGGAUGCACUGCGCAACUCUGGGGGUGAUGGGCUGGGGCAGAUGUCCCUGGAGUUCUACCAGAAGAAGAAGUCUCGCUGGCCUUUCUCAGACGAAUGCAUCCCCUGGGAGGUGUGGACGGUCAAGGUGCAUGUGGUGGCUCUGGCCACAGAGCAGGAGCGGCAGAUCUGCCGGGAGAAGGUGGGUGAGAAGCUCUGUGAGAAGAUCAUCAACAUCGUGGAGGUGAUGAACCGGCACGAGUACCUGCCCAAGAUGCCCACGCAGUCGGAGGUGGACAACGUGUUUGACACAGGCUUGCGGGACGUGCAGCCUUACCUCUACAAGAUUUCCUUCCAGAUCACUGAUGCCCUGGGCACCUCGGUCACCACGACCAUGCGCAGGCUCAUCAAAGACACCCUUGCCCUCUAGGCCUUACUGGGGCUGUGGGCUCUCCUUGAUGGCUUGCAGACCUUGGCUUCUGGGGAUCGUACCCUUGGCCCCUUGGGGCUCGGGAACCUGCCCCAGGUCCUUGAUGAGACUUGGAAUGGCCACCCCUGGCUUCCUUGUUUUGUGGUUGCCAGUCUCUGGUCAUUCUUUUAACCUUGGCUGAUGGUCAAGUCUGGCCUUCACUGCCUCUCCACACCCCUGGUGGGGGUUCCCCUUCCUUCUCUGCUGUAUGGAAGAGCCAUCGCUAGGAUGGUGAAUAAAGUUGAGAAUGUGAGUUCAGGUUGA